CAGUGUCUUCUCCCUUAUUCCAAGCAUAGUGCGUGUGACCGCGCGCGUGCUGGCGCGCGCAAGCGUUAGCUUGUGACUUGGAGUCAAGUCUCACGCGCACGCAGCUCCUUGGGAGUAGCGAGGCUUCGCGCACGCGCAGACUUCCCCACCAAGGGAGGUAAGGAGCGGGCCGGGCAUGAGCGGGCUCAUGCUCGCUAGCUGUGCGCACGCGCAGUCCUGAGCGCCUGCCCCUGGCGGGGCCCCGGGGCUGGGGGGCGCUCGUGCUUCGUCCCCGGAGCGGGGCGUGGAGGGGGAGAGGAAGGGACGCCCAUGGAGUUACUAAGGCGGGCUCACGAGGCUGCUCUGCGCCUGGUGCUGCUGCUGAGCCCCCGGGGCGCCGCCUCGGCCCGAGGCCCCAAGCCCCGCGCCUCGGAGGUGCUGACCCAGCACCUGCUGCAGCGGCGCCUGCCUCACUGGACCUCGUUCUGCGUGCCCUACAGCGCCGUGCACAACGACCAAUUCGGCCUUUCCCACUUCAACUGGGCGGUGCAGGGAGCCAACUACCACGUCCUGCGCACCGGCUGCUUCCCCUUCAUCAAGUACCACUGUUCCAAGGCGCCCUGGCAGGACCUGGACCGGCAGGACCAGUUCUUCACAGCGCUGAAAGUCAUCAACCUCGGUAUUCCAACUUUGUUAUAUGGACUUGGCUCCUGGUUAUUUGCCAGAGUCACAGAGACUGUUCAUACCAGUUAUGGACCAAUAACAGUUUAUUUUCUAAAUAAAGAAGAUGAAGGUGCCAUGUACUAAAAUUGUGCAUUGAAGAACACAACUGCUGGUGGGUUUUCUCAUGUCUAUAAAAGUAAUAUUUAUUUUUGUUCCUUUAAAAUAAAACUUUU